AUGAAGUCCAUUGAAGUCAAAGUAACCAAACCGAAAGUUGAUGUGUCCCGACCCAAAAUUUGGCUGAGGAAUGAAUUUCUUCGUGUGGGACUUGCUGAAUCCCUCUGCACAUAUGUCAUGAUGGCCUUUGGCCUUGGGUCUGUGGCUCAGGUCGUGACCGGACAGGGAGUGUUCGGACAGUACAUAAGCAUCAACCUUGGUUUUGGGCUAGGUGUUGCCAUGGGGGUUCAUGUUGGAGGAAAGGUCUCAGGAGCUCAUAUGAACGCAGCAGUGUCAUUCACAAUGUGUGUCUUUGGCCAGCUAGCAUGGAAGAUGCUACCCUUAUAUGUUUGUGCACAGCUGUUGGGAACGUUUCUUGCAUCGGGGACAGUUUAUGCUGUUUACUAUGAAGCCAUUCAUCAUUACAGUGGAGGAAACCUGACUGUAACCGGGGAGAGGGCCACAGCUGGCAUCUUUGCUACCUACCCUGCACCCUACCUCUCCUUGACAGGUGGAUUUCUUGACCAGGUGUUUGGCACAGCAAUGCUGCUGCUGUGUCUGAUGGCGCUGUCGGACCAGAGGAACACUCCGCCUGCCGCGGGCACUCAGCCCCUCAUAGUGGGCUUCUUGGUGAUGCUCAUUGGUAUUUCCUUCGGCAGUAACAGUGGCUAUGCCAUUAACCCCACCAGAGAUAUUGGAGCAAGGCUCUUCACUGCCAUAGCAGGCUGGGGAACUGAUGUGUUCAGGGCUGGAAAUGGGUGGUGGUGGGUACCUAUAGUUGCGCCCCUGAUCGGAGGAGUGCUGGGAGGAGGGGUGUACAAGGCUCUGGUGGAACUGCUCCACCCACCUGUAUCUGCACAGGGUGAGGGGCCGCUGGAAGAGGAGUUUGUCCUUCAGGAGAAAGAGCAAAGCAUCUGUUCAAACAAAUGUGUGUGA